GUCUAUCGCAACCUUCGCCACGCAGUGGUGACCAUGUACCAGACAGAAGGGCCUCGGACUUUCUACAGGGGUUUGACCCCCACGAUCGUUGCUAUCUUUCCAUAUGCUGGUCUCCAGUUCUCCUUCUACAACAUCCUGCAGCAGUUUUCCGAGUGGGUGAUUCCAGCUGAAGGAAAAAAAGGAGGCAACGUUAAAAACCUUGUUUGUGGCAGCUGCGCCGGAAUCAUCAGCAAAACCCUCACUUACCCUUUUGACCUGUUCAAAAAACGCCUGCAAGUGGGUGGCUUUGAGCAUGCCCGGGCAGCCUUUGGGCAGGUACGGAUGUACAGAGGUCUCCUGGACUGCAUAAGGCAGAUCAUGCGAGAGGAGGGCCCGGGUGGAUUCUUUAAGGGCCUUUCGCCCAGCUUGCUGAAGGCUGCUGUCUCUACUGGCCUCGUCUUCUUCUGGUAUGAGCUGUUCUGCAGCCUCCUGUGUGCCCUGAAGAACCCCGACAGCGCUACGAGGAGGGAAGGCUGA